AUGUUGUGGCUGUUGCUGGCAGGCGGGUUCUCCAACAGAAACGCACUCUCUUUGUACACAGAUGUUGGGUUUCUUGUCACGUCACUUGACUCUGACAAGAAUCCCAUCAUGUCGUUACAAGUCCAUGACAUCGGACAGAGAGCGCGCAGAAAGUUGGUAGACACCUUGACCUUAAGGCACAGACAAGGUGAUGGUGGUGGUGGUGGUGGUGGUGGUGGUGGUGGUGGUGGUGGUGGUGGUGGUGAUGGUGGAGAUGGUGGUGGUGAUGGUGGUGGGGGUGAUGGUGGAACACCUGCGAAGAGGAGGAAGGCAAAUUGGACGGAGAGGAGAUGGUCGUCAAUGACGUGGGAGAUGAUUUGGCGCAGGUGGUAGAACCAUGCUUAUGUUUUAGAACAAUGGAACAACAACUUACUUUGUCUAACAUGCAGCUGGUUCUACCUCCUUGCGCUGAAGGCCUUGAACAAGAUCUUGUCAGGCACCUCUGGUCCAUGUCGGAAAUGGCCACCCUCAAUCCAGGUUCGCAAGCCUUUCUCAUCCACCUGAACCUCGCCAAGCAGUGCCAUCAUAUUGCUCAUCAAAGGCGUCUCCAUGUGUCCAGAUGAAUAACGGAGCAGAGGGCAGAACAUCGCAAAGACGAACAAUGGAACCGGCGUUUUGCUUCGCUGGCAAACAACGUCUUGCUGCUAUGGGGUGUGUUUACCAUGCCAUGUUUAGAAUUGCUGGACAUCGGCUAUGCCACAGUGCAUUAAUUAUUUUAAUACCUAAUAUGGCACUAUUUUUUUAAGGUACAGCUUGCUUCUGGAGACAUCGUUCCCUGAGCUGGCCAUCGGGGAUGGAGAUGGUUUACGCGGAGUGACGAUACUUCACAUGCGAGGUUGGCUGGACGAUGGCGAUGUCAAAGUGGACAAAGCGCUGUCUACUUUGCUCUGGCAAAACAUCAAACGUAAGAUUGGCAGGCGUGAACAACUGCCCAGCACACAACAUAGAUCCAGAAUUGUCGGUUAUGACAUGCAGGGGGUAAAAAAGCACGCCUACUAUAAUAUAGUACUUAAUUGCAGUGCUUGUGCAUAAUAAGAUAUGUGUGCCGCCGCCCUUAGCUGGGUAAGGUAAAAAUUACAUGCGCAUGACUUAUCUCAUUCUAGGUCUGUGCCGAGGCUGCCUGCCAUCAACAUUAUGCCGAGCAAGGAAGACAGUGGCUGGAAUCGAGGAUGAGGCGACUGCGGCAAGAUGGUGAUCGUGAUGAGGAACAACAUCUUCUGCUGGACGUAUUUGAUGUCGACCAGUACAGACGUCUGCUGGCAGACAUUCGCGGCAUGCAGGUAGGAGAGACGGGGAACAUUCUGCAGCGUUGGACACUUGCAGAACAGUGUGUCCUGGCUGGCUGGGCGCACACAACACCACUCUAUGUUCUUCCAGAUCGUGUUGCGCAGGCGCUACAAACUUCGCGAGGGGCCUGGAAACAGAUGAAAGGUCUUUCCAAGGUAUGUACUGUAAAACACAGAGGAUUGAUGGUGUUUGUCUAAAAUCCGUUUCCAGCCAGCCGAUAACUUCAUGAAAUAAAGCAUAAAACAAACUCAGCAACUUCAAGAUGAUGGAAGCGUUCUAUUCGGAGUAUGUUUUAUGCUUUAUUUCAUAGUUAUUAUGAUUUUAUUUCAGCUCCUUACUUGUGCAGGAUGCAGCACCGCGAGCAGGUUCACAGAGAGGGGCGAAGAAGAGUUUUCUGAAUGCCACAGUAGUAUCAAUAUAAGGUACGAUUGA